CCGUGGAACAUCGGAGGUGGCCGACCACUACAUAUACUGAUAUAUGAAAUAUUGGCCAAUAUCUGACGAGGUUGUGAAGGAUACUUUACGAAACGUCCAGAGAUUGACUCAAGCCACCAGUCUCUGUCAUCUCAAUUUCGGGAAAGCGCGUCCUCCACCAUGUCCCCCACUAAAACCCCAGCCUUCACCAUCCCCACCGUCGACAUUUCAUCCUAUGUCGCCGAUCCGUCUUCGCCCGCUGCUGAACGUGUAAUCGAGGAUGUGAGGAGUGCCUGUAUAACCUCCGGGUUCUUCCAGCUCAUCGGACAUGGUGUUCCGCGAGAGCUCCAGGAAGCCGUACUGAACGGCGCGAAGGCCUUCUUCAAGCUACCACAGGAAGAGAAAUUGAAGUACGAGAAGAGCGCUGUAGGGAGAGGAAACCGCGGCUAUGAGGUCAUGGGCAAGCAGGUGCUCCAGAAAGGCGCAUUGCCAGAUCUGAAAGAAGGCUACUACGUCGGCCAUGACUUCGAGCCCUUCUCCGAUCCGAAUCACACAUACAACUGGUUCAACCCUCCCAACGUCUGGCCCACCUCCCUCCCGUCCUUCGAAACCACCUUCCGCCAGCCCAUCAACGAAUACUACGCCCACAUGUUCCCCCUCAGCACCACAAUCCUUGACAUCAUGGCGGCGGGAAUGCCUUAUGGCCCUGCCGUCUUCGAUGAGUUUAAGACCGACCCUGUCGCUGUGAUGCGCUUACUGCACUAUCCGCCUCAACCCGCCUCCUCAGAUGCGCUGCAGUUCGGCGUCGGCGCGCACACAGACUUCGGGUCUAUCACACUGCUACUCCAAGACAUGGCAGGCGGGCUGGAAGUGCUGAAUCAUGAUACGGAUGAGUGGGUGAGCGUGACGCCGAACCCGGACGCGUACGUGGUCAAUCUGGGAGAUAUGAUGCAACGGUGGACGAGGGGGGAGUACAGGAGUAAUCUGCAUAGGGUGAGGAAUAUGGGAGGUGGAGAUCGAUAUAGUGUGCCGUUUUUCUUUGACGGGAAUAUGAAGACGAAGCUUGCGCCGUUUGAUGGGGGAGAACUGGACGGCGAGAUUUUAACCGUGGAGGAGCAUAUGCACGAGAGGUUCCGGACGACGGCGGGCUAUUAGGGCUUGUUGAGGUGCCUCGGAUAGUGGCCAGUCACUAUGCAGGUGUGUAGAAAAUCAAUGGUCUGAUUUACACUCGUGGGAAGGCUACAUUCAUGCCCUAGCUUUGUGGUACGUUCUGAAGUUCUCUUCGAGUACUACUACCCUAGCAGAUCUUGGGAAGUGAUGGCCCAAUCUAGUUGCUAGCUUCUCUCCGGUUCCAGAGUCCAAAUUUGAGAGUUUAGAACUUUACGUUCGCACCCC